AUGGAGAUCAAGGAUUCGAAGGAAUUGAAGUGGCCUCCCAUAUUGCGGUAUCCACCCGAUACUCAUGACAAGAGUAAGUACUAUGAUUUCUGUAGAGAUCAUGGACAUAUAACGGAAGACUGUUUCGCCUUGAAGCAGGAGAUUCAAGCUCUUAUAAAAAGGGAAUUUUUGGACCCUUUCGUUAGUAAUGACAAGUGCCCAAGGAAUAAUCAGAACAGAGAUAAAGGCCAGAGGGUCGGGGAAACAAGCAACCAACUGCAGUUACUAUCAAUAUCAUUGUCGGAGGAACAGCCUCGGGAGGAAAUUCUAGUAGCGGGCGUAAACAUCAAGAGAAUUCUGGUAGACAACGGAAGUGCAGCUAAUGUACUGUCUCAUGAAGCCUUUGUUCAAAUGGGGAUCUCAUCGGAGCAUCUCAAGCCAAUCAAAGCAACUCUCCAAGGAUUUUGA